AUGCAUGACCAAAAGUUUAGCCUCGAGUUCGAGAACGGCACCAUACUCCCGUGGCCUCGCGAAGCGGAUUUUGCUGACCUUGCGCAAAAGGUUAUGCUAACGGGAAACGUGCGCUUUAUCCAUGUCUUUGGAUGGUUCACACAUCUCCCAGUUCCCAUUAGCUCAAAUCCCGAGCAGAGCCGGCAAGUGUGUGGUUCGUAUAGAACAACUUUGGUGACAGAGCAUUGGCUUUUGAGGUUGGCAAGAGAGCGGAGGAUGAAUGUUACGGAUAAUGAGGAGUAUGUCUUCAAGGCAUGGGUAUAUGCUUCAGGAGAUGAAAGACAUCAUUUUUUGAAAAGUUAUGAGAGAGUUUUUCACAUGAUGCUGCUGGGCGAAACCUCAGAUUCGAACACUUUUGAGCGCAUCAAUGUAUGUACAUUUGGUGCGCAGUUGGAAUGGGAAAAAGAAGAAUGGCGAGAGAAGAGUAUGGAAGAUAUUGCGAAAAGGUUAGGAUGGGAGAUGGAGGCUUUUAAACUUGCAUAG